UCGUUGAUAGACAGUGACACAGCAGUGGAUUUGACUCCCGGCAACUUCGAGCUAGGUUUUACAUUUACUUUUUUAUUUUACAGUUAUUACUAGCAUUUUAAACAGCCUGUAGCCUGAAUUUAUUAUUUCUCACAGUUCCACCACCAGAAACUUUAUUAAACUUUUCUUUGCUACCGGGAAGCUAGCUAGCUGGGAACUCUGUAGUGACUAAGUAACUUUCUAGAAGGUUAGCCGCAUUGUCGUUUCGAAUAAAUCGUUUUGCGUUAUCAUGGACCAAACUGAUUCUUAUCCAGUGAAACUUUACGUAUAUGACCUGUCCAGAGGGAUGGCCCGUCAGCUGAGUGCUUCCAUGCUGGGGAGACAUAUUGAUGGGAUAUGGCACACGGGUGUUGUGGUCCACGGGAAAGAGCACUACUUUGGUGGAUCAACAGGCAUCACCAAUUGUCCACCUGGAGGCACCCUGUUGGGUCCUCCUGAUUCUGUAGUAGACAUGGGCUCCACUGAAGUGCCCGAAGACCUCUUUAAGGAGUAUUUAACUUCACUGGGAGAGUCCAAGUACAGAGGUGCCAAUUACAACUUAUUUGAGAACAACUGCAACACUUUCAGCAGUGAAGUAGCUCAAUUCCUGACAGGCAGAAAGAUCCCAUCGUACAUCACAGACCUUCCAUCUGACAUCCUCGCCACACCAUUUGGCCAGGCUCUCCGUCCCUUCUUGGAUUCCAUGGUCAUAAAUCCUGGAGGCAACAACCUGGCUGGGCAAUGAUAGACCGAGUCGUGGAUUUUAGAAGAUAACUGAUAACAUCCCUGCCUGUGGCUGGCAAGUCACUUCUAUAUUUAAUCAGCCAUCACUUAUCGUUAUUGAGUUUUAUGGUGUUAUUCAACAUACUCUGAGGUGUAUGCGAGGGGUGCAGGUGUGCUACACUCUGUGGACAGGGGACUAAAAAUGGAUCUUAUACUUGUCUGUGUACAUUAACGUGUUUAAGAUUACGUUUUCUUGGGUCAGCAGGAUCAUUAUACAUGCAUAUCCUCUGGAUUAGUAUUCAAAGUUGUCAUUUUAAAGGCAGGAUUCAUCCUCUCAUUCACUGCUACUUAUGAGAGGCGUUUUCAACAGGUAUUGUCAUCCUCUCAUGAGGUGCUCCAUUAUGUCUCUCUGUCAUUGUGGCAGUCUGUCACAAAGUUUAUUAUAGUUAGAUGACUGCUCAAAAAUAUCGAAUGAUGAAGAAUCCAUGAAUCGUACUAUCAUCACAUAACCAGCACUGGCCUUGUCUUCCAAUCUUUCUGUUUUAAUGUGUCUAAAGGAUGUCUCGGUUUUAAUCAUUCACACAGAUAAUGAGAAUUUGUAAUAGUUUUCAUGGACAGCAGACCUUAUUGUGUCUUUCUCCAGAGAUCUUGUGAGGCAGAGAGAUGGCAUGUAAGGACUCCUAAGUUAAAAUCUGACAUUUAUGGAAUUAAAUGAAACUGUUUCUUUGAUAUUUCUCUAUAUAUGAAGUUUUUAUAGUGACUUUUUAAAAUAAAAUUAGUUUAGGAACUAUUCAAAUAAGUGCCUAGAGUCAUUUAAAGAUCACUGACAAGGCUUAUACUUCUUGCUCUAAGACUUUAUUACAAAAAAUAUUCUUGUUGAAAAUGGUGGUGUAAAGACUCUGAUUGUGUUAUGUUGGUAACAAAUUGCUAGAUGUGUAUCAAAAUGCACAAAGUGCCAGGAUGUAACAGGAUACUUUAAGUUCAGUUGUUUUGGCAGAAAUCCAAAUCUGAAUUUGAGUCCAAUGCCAAAAAUGAGGUAUUUGUUCCUUAGUGGUCAGUUUGUUUAUUUAACGUGCCAUGCUGUGUUCUGCCUUUUCUUCAGUGGGGGUGUGAAAUCGUUUCCACUUUUUCUGUCCGUCAUCCCAAUAAUGUAAAAACUACUAACUUGAAUUUCAUGGAACUUGGUGGAGAGGGAGAAAAAAAUGUAAUCUGGUGCCUUAAUUCUUUUUAUUUGUUUGUUUUUACUGUUUGUAUUCCUGUAGUUAUUAGAACAGGAUGCAUUUCAAGGCCAGCUCAGUUAAACCCGUUCUGCCGGCUGGUCUGGCUUUAAAAGUAUCGUUUGACCAAAGUUUUAUCUUCAGAAUGCCACCUCCAAGUUCUGUAUUUCGUCCAGGAACAUCUGAUGAACACAGGGAAAUAUAUAUAUAUAUAUAUA